AUGCACGCGCGAGCUGCAGCAGCCGACGCGCGAUCGCCAUUGCACGCGGACUGCGACCUGCGGGCGAGCAGCGGUGGGUCGAGCGCCGUCCUAGGGGCGAGCGGUCUUGCAUGGGCUGCAGUCACGCGUGGGCAGCGGCCUAAGAAAGCGACGCGGCUGCCUACAGGCGGGGCUGCAUCGUGCUUGAAGGCCAGCCGGGCCGGUCGACGGGCGGGCGCUAGAAAAAAAAGAGGCCGCGCGCGGGCGGCUAGCGAGCUGCGCACGGGCAGCGUGAGAGAGAGAGAGAGAGAGAGAGAGAGAGAGAGAGAGAGAGAGAGAGAGAGAGAGAGAGAGAGAGAGAGAGAGAGAGAGAGGCGCACAAGGGCGCGACGGUGA